UUCUCCAUCCAGGCACAAGGUGGGGAUUGUUGAAGUCAACUGUUCCCUCGGCCAUUGAAAUACCGGUCCACCACAUUGUGGGGUGCGAGUGGUAGUGAGCGUGCGACCGGCGGACGAUGCAUCCACCGAGAAUUUCUCCGCACCAGCGUCGAUGAAUGAGAUGAAGCAGCGACUGCCCCGCGGUGCCCAUCCUUGGAGGGGCAGAACAGCCAGCCUGUCCUCCCCCUCUCGCCCACUGCGCUCCUGAUAAGAGCAGGGACCCCCGGUCUUCGACCUGCCAAAUCCCCAAGAAACCGAACACCAACAUAAUGGCCAAGCCCGCCUCCCAGCUCCACCGCGCCUGGUGGAAGGAAUGCUCGGUCUAUCAGAUCUGGCCUGCUUCUUAUAAGGAUUCCAACGAUGAUGGCAUCGGCGACAUUCCAGGCAUUAUUUCCAAGCUGGAUUAUAUCAAGAAGCUGGGUAUUGAUAUCGUCUGGCUGUGUCCGUCCUACAAGUCGCCCCAGGUUGACAUGGGGUAUGACAUUUCCGAUUACUACAGCAUCGCGGAUGAGUAUGGCACGGUCGCGGAUGUCGAGAAGCUGAUUCAAGGGUGCCACGAGCGCGGAAUGAAGCUCCUCAUGGACCUGGUGGUCAACCACACCAGUGACCAGCAUGAAUGGUUCAAAAAAUCCCGCAGCUCCAAGGAUAAUGAGUAUCGCAACUGGUACGUUUGGAAGCCGGCGAGGUACGACGAGCAGGGCAACCGGCAACCGCCCAAUAACUGGGUUUCGCAUUUUCAGGGUAGCGCCUGGGAAUGGGACGAGCACACCGGUGAAUAUUACCUCCACCUCUAUGCGACCGAGCAACCCGACCUGAACUGGGAGCAUCCGCCCGUCCGCAAGGCUGUCCAUGAUAUCAUGCGUUUCUGGCUCGACAAAGGCGCAGACGGAUUCCGCAUGGAUGUGAUUAACUUUGUCAGCAAAGACCAACGGUUCCCGGACGCUCCUGUCAAGGACCCCCGAACUCCCUGGCAGUGGGGAGAUAAAUACUACGCCAACGGGCCAAGACUACAUGAAUAUUUCCAAGAUCUGGGGAAAAUCCUGAAAGAGUACGACGCAUUCAGUGUCGGUGAGAUGCCGUUUGUCAAGGACACGGAGGAGGUCCUCCGCGCUGUGCGUUAUGACCGAAACGAACUCAACAUGAUCUUCAACUUUGAGCAUGUGGACAUCGACCACGGCACAUACGACAAGUUUGAGCCGGGAAGUUGGAAGCUCACCGACCUCAAGGCUUUCUUUGAGAGAUGGCAGAAGUUCAUGUACGAUAAUGACGGAUGGAAUGCUCUUUACUGGGAGAACCACGAUCAGCCCCGGUCGAUUGAUCGCUAUGCCCAAGCAAAGGAGGAAUUCCGCACCCAAGCGGGUAAAAUGCUGGCUACUGUGCUGGCCUUGCAGUCGGGUACGCCGUUUGUGUACCAGGGGCAGGAACUGGGAAUGAGGAACGUUCCGCGCGAGUGGGACAUCAGCGAGUACAAGGACAUUGACUGUCUUAACCAUUGGCACCGUCUGUUAAAGCAUAAGCCAUCAGACACCGAAGCUCAGAAGAGCGCCCGUCAGGAGUACCAGAAAAAGUCCCGAGACAAUGGCCGCACACCAGUCCAGUGGUCCAACGCGCCAAACGGUGGAUUCACUGGUCCCGAUGCAAAGCCUUGGAUGUCCGUGAAUCCGGACCAUGUACGGGUCAAUGCUGAAGCACAGGUGAAUGACCCGAAUUCGACCUACAACUACUGGGCCAGGGUGCUCCGACUGCGCAAGAAAUACCUGGACAUCUUUGUUUAUGGUGACUACGACCUGGUGGAUAAAGACAGCCAGGAGGUAUUUGCGUACAGCCGUCAGUACGAGGACCAGAAGGCCCUGGUGCUCACGAAUUGGACAGAGGGUACCUUGGAGUGGGAUUCCACUACCAAUGGCAUUAAGGGGGUAAAGGAGGUGCUGCUGAACUCAUAUGAAAGCACAGAGGGGGUAAAGGAGAGGUUUUCGGGACAGACAUGGUCUCUUCGGCCUUAUGAGGCAGUGGUUCUGCUUGUGCAGGCCUAGAGCAAUGGAUAUAUCACUGGUGGAAUAUCUGCAACUUGAACCGUGAUCCAUAAGACCAACAUAAUGAAUCAAUAUAGAACUCUCCCC